GGGUGUGGAGGGAGCAGAGAGACCAAGGACGCUGCACCAGCCCUGUCACAGCAGGUCACACGUGAACCUUAAGCAAGUUCUGGGCUACCAGUUGUCCGUGAUGAACGGCCAACCCCCUCCUCUUGAUGUCGUGGUUGCCAAUGGCAUUGAGCAACCCAUUGCUCCUAAGAUCAUGAAGCACCAGUUGGGACCCAGCACCUAUUCUGGGCCCCAAGCAGAGGCUGUGCCACCUACCACAGCCAGAAGUAUUGCUGGGGUAUAUGUGGAAGCUUCAGGGCAGACCCAGAGCUUCUACGCUGCCAUGAAGCAGGGCCUCCUGCCUACUGGUCUUGGGCUGGCUUUGCUCGAGGCCCAAGCAGCCACUGGAGGCCUUGUAGACCUUGCCCAGGGCCAGCUUAUUCCUGUGCCUGAGGCAUUAAGGCGGGAUCUGGUGGGACUGGAGCUAAAGGAGAAAUUGUUGGCUGCUGAGCGUGCGGUUACUGGCUAUCCUGACCCCUACGGAGGAAGAAAGCUGGCCCUCUUCCAGGCCAUCAGGAAGGAAGUUGUAGACAGGACCUCGGGGAUGAGAUGGCUGGAGGCUCAAUUAGCUACUGGGGGCCUGGUAGACCCAACCCAAGGAGUGCGAGUGGCCCCAGAGGUAGCCUGCCAGCAGGGCCUUUUAGACAAGGAGACAUGGCUCAGCCUGGUGGAGUCAGAGCCCAGCAUGGGUGCCCCAGGUUUUUUUGACCCCAACACACUAGAACAGCUGCCAUAUUGCAUGCUGUUGAGUAGGUGUGUGCAAGACCCCAGCUCAGGGCUGCCCCUGUUGCCCUUGAAGCCCACCUUUCGCACCCUGGGUGGCGCAGCCAGUGCAUCAGCGCUGCUGGAGGCAGGAGUUCUAGACGAGGAGACAGCUCGAGGCCUGCAGGAGGGCACACUGGUGGUGUCGGAUGUGGCCACACGCCCUGAGGUGCAGCGCUAUCUGGAGGGCACUGGAGGGUUGGCGGGGGUUGUCCUGUUGCCUGGAGGCCACAAGAAGAGCUUCUUCCAAGCUACAGUUGAACACUUGCUCUCAAGGGGCAUUGCAGUGCAACUCUUAGAGGCUCAGGCAGGCACGCGCACCCUCGUGCACCCAGCCACGGGCCAGCCUCUGUGGGUAGAGGAGGCGGUCAGGGAGGGUCUGGUCGGCCCGGAUCUCCACGAGAAGCUCCUGGUUGCAGAGCAGGCAGUGACUGGGUAUCAUGACCCCUUCAGCGGCUCCCGCAUCCCCCUUUUCCAGGCAAUGAAGAAGGAGCUUGUGGACAAGCCACUGGCUCUGCGCCUCCUGGAUGCCCAGCUGGCCACAGGUGGGCUUAUAUGCCCAGCUCGCAGGUUCCGGCUGCCCCUGGAGGCUGCCCUGCGCUUUGGCUGCCUGGAUGAAGAGACUCAGCAGCAUCUCUCUCAGGCUAUGAGCUUUUCAGACCCCACCACACACGAGAGUCUUCACUACGAACAGCUGCUGGCCCUCUCUGUCACCGACCCAGAGACAGGGCUUGCUUUCCUGCCUCUCCCUGGAGAAGCCCAUGUAAAUAAGCCCCAGGGACCCGCAUUUAUUGAUCAUUGCACUCGGCAGGCCUUGAGCAAGGCCACAACCUCCAUCUCUGUAGGGAGGUUCCAGGGCCGGCCUGUAUCCCUCUGGGAACUGCUCUUUUCUGAGGCAGUGCCCAUUAAACAGAGGGCAGUGCUUGCCCAUCAGCACCAGAAGGGGGCCCUGACAGUGGAGGAGCUGGCAGCUGAGCUGAAGGCCAUUGUCGAGCAGGCUGCAGCCACUGCCAAAGUCACCUUUGCUGGGUUGAGGGACACUGUGACACCGGGAGAACUGUUGAAGGCUGAGAUAAUCAACCAGGACCUAUUUGAGCAGCUAGAACGUGGACAGACCUCAGCCCAGGAUGUGGGCAGCCUGGACUCAGUGCAGAGGUACCUUCAGGGCACAGGUUGCAUUGCAGGCCUGCUGCUGCCUGAGUCUCAGGAACGCCUCCGUAUCUAUGAGGCCCGCAGCAAGGGGCUCCUCAGGCCUGGUACUGCCUUGAUUUUGCUUGAGGCCCAGGCUGCCACAGGCUUUAUCAUUGACCCCAAAGAGAACAAGAGAUACUCUGUGGAGGAGGCACUGAGGGCUGGCAUCAUUGGGCCUGACGUAUACGCAAAGCUGCUGUCUGCAGAACGUGCGGUCACUGGCUACAUGGACCCCUACUCUGGGGAGCAGAUCUCCCUUUUCCAGGCCAUGCAAAGGGAUCUCAUCGUCAGGAACCAUGGCAUCCGCCUGCUGGAGGCCCAGAUCGCCACUGGUGGUAUCAUUGACCCUGUGCACAGCCACCGUGUACCUGUGGACGUGGCCUACCAGCGUGGCUACUUUGACCAGAGGCUGAACUCUAUCCUGUUAGACCCAUCUGAUGACACCAAGGGCUUCUUUGACCCCAACACACAUGAAAAUCUCACCUACCUGCAGCUUCUGGAGCGCUGUGUACAUGAGUCUGAGACAGGCCUGCACCUCCUGCCACUUAGUGGUACACGACCCCAGCUGGUAGACAGCGCCACUCGGCAGGCCUUCCAGAGUCUACUGCUAUCCGUGAGAUAUGGACGGUUCCGGGGGCAGCGAGUUUCUGCAUGGGAGCUCAUUAACUCAGAAUACUUCAAAGAGGACCGGAGGAGGCAGCUACUGCAGCGCUUUCGGCAGCGCAAGGUCACACUGGAGCAGGUCACUCAGCUGCUAGAGAGAGAGAUGACGAGGUGGGCAGACAUCACAGUGCCUGCACUACAGGGCCAGGUCAGUGCCUACCAGCUCUUAGAGGCCCACAUCAUCAGCCAGGAACUCCUAGACCAGGUGCUGACAGGGGCGGUCAGCCCAGAGUCCCUCCUUCACAUGGGUGACGUCCGCAGGUACCUUCAGGGCUCAGGCACCGUGGGUGGUGUGCUGUUACAGCCCUCCAAUCGGCGAAUCAGUCUCUACCAGGCCAUGAAGAAGAAGCUGCUGGCUCCUGGUGUGGCCCUGGCCUUGCUGGAGGCCCAGGCAGCCACUGGAGCCAUCACAGACCCCUGCAGUAUGGAGAGCCUGACGGUAGAUGAGGCUGUGUGCAGGGGAGUGGUGGGAGCAGACGUAUAUGGCAAGCUGAAACGAGCAGAGUAUUCUAUCACUGGCUACAGAGACCCCUUUUCUGGAGAAAAGGUGUCCCUGUUCAAGGCCAUGAAGAAGGGCCUUGUCCCGAAGGAGCAAGCAACCCGCCUAUUAGAGGCCCAGGUGUCCACAGGAGGUGUCAUUGAUCCCACAACCCACCUCCACCUCCCCAUGCCUGUGGCAGUCCAGCGGGGCUGCAUUGAUCAAGAGAUGAAGGUGGCCUUGUCCAGCUCUCCUGAGACCUUUCCCACACCUGAUGGCCGGGGACACACCAGCUAUGCCCAACUUCUGGAGCAAUGUCUCCAAGACAAAGUCUCUGGGCUUCACCUCCUACCCCUGACAGAAGAUGCUCCCGCUAUCCCCACUGAUACACAGAUCCAGGAGACCCUUCAGGCAUCAGCCGGCACUGAGGAUGGUUUGUCCCUCUGGGAUCUGCUCACCUCUUGCCACUUUACUGAGGAGCAGCGCAGGGGCUUCCUUGAGGAUGUGAGGGUUGGGAAGACUUCCGUGCCGCAGCUACAGGACACCGUGCGUAACUGGGUGCAUGCAGCAAAGCUCCUGGCCCGGGCCCGCAUCUCCGUGCCAGGCCCACGGGGUGCGGUCCCUGCCAUUUGGCUACGAGACGUUGGUAUUAUUACCCAAGAGACACUAGAAGCACUAGCACAGGGUGUACAGUCACCGGCUGAAGUAGCCCAAGAGCCUGCUGUAAAGGCCUGUCUCUGGGGCACAGGUUGUGUGGCCGGUGUGCUUUUGCAGCCCUCAGAGACCAAGCUGAGCAUUGCCCAGGCUGUAAAGGAUGGCCUUCUGCCCACAGGCCUGGGCCAGCAGCUGCUGGAAGCCCAGGUGGCAUCUGGUUUCCUCAUCAACCCACUAACCAACCAGAGACUGUCAGUGGAGGGGGCGGUGAAGGCCGGCCUGGUGGGCAGGGAGCUGAGUGAACGGCUUCAGCAGGUGGAGAGGGCCGUCACGGGGUAUUCAGACCCUUACUCAGGCGGCUCCCUUUCUCUCUGGCAAGCCAUGGAAAAGGGGCUUGUGCCCAAGAGUGAGGCUUUUCCUCUCCUCCAAGUCCAGCUGGCCACGGGGGGUGUUGUGGACCCUGCCCACGGAGUGCACCUGCCCCAGGCGGUGGCCUGCAAGCUUGGCCUCCUGGACAAGCAGACAAGCCAGGUGCUGACUGCCACUGAGAACGAAAACAAACUCUUCUUUGACCCCAACUCCCGCGAAAAGGUGACAUACCAGCAGCUCAAAGAACUCUGCGUGCCGGAUGCCGACACUGGCCUGUGGCUGCUACCACUGCCCCAGGACACCGUGCUUGAGGUGGACGACCACACUGCAGUGGCACUGAGGGCUAUGAAGGUGCCUAUCAGCAUGGGGAGGUACAAAGGACACAGCGUGUCACUCUGGGACCUGCUACACUCUGAGUACGUUGGAACUGAAAAGCGGCGGGAGCUGGUGGCACUCUGUUGUUCUGGGCGGGCUGCUGCCCUGAGGCAGGUCAUCAGUAUGGUCACCACCUUGGUGGAGGCUGCAGAGAAGCAGCCCCCUCAGGCCACCUUCAAAGGGCUCCGGAAGCAGGUUUCAGCUGGGGACUUGUUUAGGUCCCAGCUGAUCAACAAGCAGACACUGGAUGAACUCAAUCAGGGGAAGAGGACAGUCCAGGAAGUGACAGAGAUGGACAGCGUAAGGAGGUCCUUGGAAGGAGGCAACUUCAUUGCUGGGGUCUUUAUUCAGGGUACCAAAGAGAAGAUGAGUAUCCCAGAGGCCUUGAGAAGGCACAUUCUGAGGCCAGGCACAGCGCUGGUGCUGAUGGAGGCGCAGGCAGCCACCGGUUUCAUCAUUGACCCUGUGGAAAACCGGAAGCUGACUGUAGAGCAGGCCUUCCAGGCAGGGAUGUUUGGCAAGGAGACCUAUAUGAAGCUGUUAUCAGCUGAGCGUGCUGUCACCGGUUACACGGACCCCUACACUGGGGAGCAGAUCUCCCUCUUUCAGGCCAUGCAGAGGGACCUCAUUGUCCGGGACCAUGGCAUCCGCCUGUUGGAGGCUCAGAUCGCCACGGGGGGCAUCAUCGACCCUGUACACAGCCAUCGCGUGCCCGUGGAUGUGGCCUACCAGCGUGGCUACUUCAAUGAAGAGAUGAACCGCAUCUUGGCUGACCCGAGUGACGACACCAAGGGUUUUUUCGACCCCAACACGCAUGAGAACCUCACCUACCUGCAGCUGCUGGAGCGCUGUGUGGAGGACCCCGAGACAGGCCUGUACAUGCUGGAAAUUGUCAAGAAGGGAGAAACCUACACGUAUAUUGAUGAGGCCACGAGGCAAGCUCUGAGAUCCAGAACUAUGCAGAUGUCCGUAGGCAAGUUUGCAGGCCAGACCGUUUCUGUGUGGGACCUGCUGUCUUCUCAGUACUUUACAGAAGGAAGGAAAAGAAAGCUCUUGCGGGACUACAGAGCCCAGAACAUAGGCCUAGAUAAACUGCUGGAGGUCAUCAUCUCCACCGUGGAAGAAACAGAGAAGCAAAACCAAAACAUCAAGGUGGCAGGCAUCCACGGUGACGUGACUGCAGCAGAACUGUUCAACUCUGGGAUCCUUGACAAGAAGACCCUGGAUGCGCUUCACAGUGGGGAGCAAGGGUGCCAGGAUCUCCACCAGCUGGAGCAUGUGAACACCUACCUGGAAGGCAGCAGUUGCAUUGCUGGAGUGACCGCACCCCUCACGCAUGAGGUGAUGAGCUUCUACGAGGCCAGCAGAGAAGAGCUCAUUCCAGCAGGGUUUGCAGCUCAGUUGCUGGAGGCACAGGCUGCUUCUGGGUACCUGAUGGAUCCCCGUACCCACCAGAGGCUGUGUGUGGAUGAGGCCGUAGCAGCUGGCCUGGUGGGUGAAGACCUGCGAGAAAGGCUUGUGAAUGCAGAGAAGGCAGCCAAGGGCUACAAAGACCCAGCCACAGGCGAGACGAUCCCACUGUUCCAGGCCAUGGAGAAGAAGUUAGUGAGGCGGGAGGAGGCCCUGAGGCUGUUGGAGGUGCAGGUGGCCACAGGCGGGGUCAUCGAUCCACGGCACCACCACCGAGUUCCCCUGGAAACAGCCUGCAAGCGUGGCUGUCUGAGCGAUGACACCGUUGUGCUCAUUGCUGAUCAGAGGCACAUGAGGAAAAGGUUUGUGGAUCCCAAUACACAAGAAAAGGUCACGUACCAGGAGCUGCAGGACAGGUGCCAGAGGGAGGAGAAGUCAGGCUGGGCACUGUUCCCAGUGGUUAAGGACAAAAAGGACAUGGAGUAUGUUGAUGAGGCCACGAAAAGGGCCCUGGAGGCAGAGCAGGUGGAAGUGACAGUGGGGAGGUACAGAGGCCAAAGGCGGUCUGUGUGGGAACUGCUCAACUCAGAGUAUGUGUCGGAGGAGAAAAAGAUGGAACUGGUCAGGAUAUAUAAAGGUGAUACGGCCCGGGCACUGCACAGAGUGGUAGAAGUUAUUCUACAAAUAAUUGCAGACAAGGAAGGCAAAAGCAGGCAACUCUGGUUCCGAGGACUACGAACUCAGGUCACAGCAGAGGAAUUGCUCAGCUCAGCCGUCAUCACCAGACAGACUCUGAAGGACCUGGAAGAAGGCAGAACCACAGUAGACCAGAUAGAAAGAAAUGAAGAUGUGAAAAGAUACCUCAAGGGCACCAGCUGCAUUGCAGGAGUCCUGGUACCCGUCCAGGGAGAGCCUGGCCGGCAGGAGAAGAUGAGCAUCUAUCAGGCCAUGUGGAAGGGCGUGCUGAGGCCCGGCACAGCCCUGGUAUUGCUGGAGGCCCAGGCAGCCACGGGCUUCAUCAUUGACCCUGUGCACAACCGCAGACUGUCUGUGGAGGAGGCUGUGGCAGCAGGCGUGGUGGGUGGCGAGAUCCAAGAGAAGCUGCUGUCUGCUGAGCGUGCUGUAACUGGUUACACCGACCCCUACACCGGGGAGCAGAUCUCCCUCUUCCAGGCCAUGCAAAGGGACCUCAUUGUCAAAGACCAUGGCAUUCGCCUGCUGGAGGCCCAGAUUGCUACUGGUGGUGUUAUUGACCCUGUGCACAGCCACCGUGUGCCCGUGGACGUGGCCUACCAACGUGGCUACUUUGAUGAGGAGAUGAACGGCAUCUUGGCAGACCCUGGGGAUGACACCAAGGGCUUCUUUGACCCCAACACACACGAGAACCUCACUUACCUCCAGCUGCUCCGUCGCUGUGUGCGGGACCCAGAGACUGGGUUCUACAUGCUGCAGCUGGCGGGAAAGGGCUCCAGUGUGCACCACCUGAGCGAGGAACUGAGACGUGCCCUCCGUGAGGCCAGAGUGACGCCAGGCACGGGCGACUACCAGGGCCAGAGCAUCUCUGUCUGGGAGCUCCUCUUCUACCGCGAGGUGCCCGAGAGCCUGCGCCAGGAUCUGCUGCGCAGGUACCAAGCUGGCGGGCUGACCGUUCAGGAUGUGAGCACCACCCUCCUCUCAUUGCUGGCUCAGACUGAUGACAGUACUCCAUAUGUGAAUCUACAGAAAGUCUUGGGCAAGGCUACCAUGAAAAUAAAAGUUGGCCAUCUCCGGGGAAACCAGGUGCCUUUGUUGGAUGUGAUGCUGUCCACCUAUGUUAGUGGCAGUACCAGAAAGGAGCUGAUGGGCCAGUUAAGCAGUGGGACACUAACUCUGCCCAAACUGACCCAAAGACUCACCACUAUUAUUGAGGAGGCAGAACACACACAGGAGGCUGAACAACUGAAAGACAGUGUGUCACACCAAAGGGAAAGUGAAACAGAAAGAUCAGAGACCUUCCCAGACAAAAGCAAGAAGGACAAGACUGAGACAGCCAGGCAGAACCAGGAACAGGUCCUGCGAGCUGCGACCAUGCACAUAAACUGCGGGAAGUUCCAGGGUCAGCCAGUUUCAGUGUGGCAAGUCCUGUUCUCCUCGUACUUAAGUGAGACCCACAGAGAGGAGCUGGUUGCCCAGCACUUAGCUGGUUCCCUGGCUCUGGAGGACCUCAUCACCAUUCUCACCAAGAUCAUAGAAGACACAGAGGAGCAACUCACCAAGGUGUCCUUUCCUGGUCUGAGACAAAUGGUGUCUGCAUCUGAGCUGCACACAUCUGGAAUACUAGACAAAAACACCCUACAGGAACUGGCACAAGGCACAAAGACAAUGCAGGAGGUGACGGAGAUGGACACUGUCAAGCGCUACCUGGAGGGCACCAGCUGCAUUGCGGGAGUCCUGGUGCCCGUCCAGGGAGAGCCUGGCAGGCAGGAGAAGAUGAGCAUCUAUCAGGCCAUGUGGAAGGGCGUGCUGAGGCCCGGCACAGCCCUGGUACUGCUGGAGGCCCAGGCAGCCACAGGCUUCAUCAUCGACCCGGUGGGCAACCGCAGACUGUCUGUGGAGGAGGCCGUGGCAGCAGGCGUGGUGGGUGGCGAGAUCCAAGAGAAGCUGCUGUCUGCUGAGCGUGCUGUCACCGGCUACACAGACCCCUACACGGGGGAACAGAUCUCCCUCUUCCAGGCCAUGCAGAAGGACCUCAUUGUAAAGAAUCAUGGAAUUCGCCUGCUGGAGGCCCAGAUUGCCACGGGCGGGGUCAUUGACCCAGUACACAGCCACCGUGUGCCCGUGGACGUAGCCUACCAACGUGGCUACUUUGAUGAGGAGAUGAACGGCAUCUUGGCAGACCCUGGGGAUGACACCAAGGGCUUCUUUGACCCCAACACACACGAGAACCUCACUUACCUCCAGCUGCUCCGUCGCUGUGUGCGGGACCCAGAGACUGGGUUCUACAUGCUGCAGCUGGCGGGAAAGGGCUCCAGUGUGCACCACCUGAGCGAGGAACUGAGACGUGCCCUCCGUGAGGCCAGAGUGACGCCAGGCACGGGCGACUACCAGGGCCAGAGCAUCUCUGUCUGGGAGCUCCUCUUCUACCGCGAGGUGCCCGAGAGCCUGCGCCAGGAUCUGCUGCGCAGGUACCAAGCUGGCGGGCUGACCGUUCAGGAAGUGAGCACCACCCUCCUCUCACUGCUGGCCCGAGCCAAGGAAGGGAGCCCGCGUGUUGAUCCCCAAGGAACCCUGGGUAAGGCCACCAUGGAAGUAAAAGUGGGUCGUCUCCGGGGCCCAGAGGUGCCGGUUUGGGAAGUUCUGUCCUCCAGCUAUGUGAGCAGGGACACCCGGAAGGAGCUGCUGGCCCAGUUCAGCUCUGGGACGCUGACUCUGCCCAUGCUGACCCGAAGGCUGACCACCAUCAUUGAGGAAGCCGAGGAGACUCAGGAGUCCAAUCCAAAGCUGACUGUGACCUCGCCUGACCGACAGGAGACCAGGGCCAGAAGCUCAGGGACCUUCCCAGACAAGGAGGCGGUUGGGGACAAGGCCGACACUGCCAGGCAGAACCAGGAGCAGGCUCUGCGUGCUGCCACCAUGAGCGUACGCCGUGGGCAGUUCCGGGGUGGGCCGGUUUCCGUGUGGCGAGUCCUGUUCUCCUCGUACCUAAGUGAGACCCGCCGGGAGGAGCUCCUCGCCCAGCACCUGGCUGGCACCCUGGGUCUGCAGGACCUCAUCGCCAUCCUCACCCAGGUCAUCGAGGAGACAGAAGAACGGCUCAGCAAGGUGUCUUUCCCUGGCCUGAGGCACGAGGUAUCUGCAUCCGAGCUGCACACGUCUGGCAUCAUAGACCAGGAGACCCUGCGGGAACUGGCACAAGGGACCAAGACCCUGCAGGAGGUGACGCAGAUGGACUCUGUCAAGCGCUACCUGGAGGGCACCAGCUGCAUUGCGGGAGUCCUGGUGCCCGUCCAGGGAGAGCCUGGCAGGCAGGAGAAGAUGAGCAUCUAUCAGGCCAUGUGGAAGGGCGUGCUGAGGCCCGGCACAGCCCUGGUACUGCUGGAGGCCCAGGCGGCCACGGGCUUCGUCAUCGACCCGGUGGGCAACCGCAGACUGUCUGUGGAGGAGGCCGUGGCAGCAGGCGUGGUGGGUGGCGAGAUCCAAGAGAAGCUGCUGUCUGCUGAGCGUGCUGUCACCGGCUACACGGACCCCUACACGGGGGAACGGAUCUCCCUCUUCCAGGCCAUGCAGAAGGACCUCAUUGUCAAGGACCAUGGCAUCCGCCUGCUGGAGGCCCAGAUUGCCACGGGCGGGGUCAUCGAUCCCACUCACAGCCACCGUGUGCCCGUGGACGUGGCCUACCAACGUGGCUACUUUGAUGAGGAGAUGAACGGCAUCUUGGCAGACCCUGGGGAUGACACCAAGGGCUUCUUUGACCCCAACACACACGAGAACCUCACUUACCUCCAGCUGCUCCGUCGCUGUGUGCGGGACCCAGAGACUGGGUUCUACAUGCUGCAGCUGGCGGGAAAGGGCUCCAGUGUGCACCACCUGAGCGAGGAACUGAGACGUGCCCUCCGUGAGGCCAGAGUGACGCCAGGCACGGGCGACUACCAGGGCCAGAGCAUCUCUGUCUGGGAGCUCCUCUUCUACCGCGAGGUGCCCGAGAGCCUGCGCCAGGAUCUGCUGCGCAGGUACCAAGCUGGCGGGCUGACCGUUCAGGAAGUGAGCACCACCCUCCUCUCACUGCUGGCCCGAGCCAAGGAAGGGAGCCCGCGUGUUGAUCCCCAAGGAACCCUGGGUAAGGCCACCAUGGAAGUAAAAGUGGGUCGUCUCCGGGGCCCAGAGGUGCCGGUUUGGGAAGUUCUGUCCUCCAGCUAUGUGAGCAGGGACACCCGGAAGGAGCUGCUGGCCCAGUUCAGCUCUGGGACGCUGACUCUGCCCAUGCUGACCCGAAGGCUGACCACCAUCAUUGAGGAAGCAGAGGAGACUCAGGAGUCCAAUCCAAAGCUGACUGUGACCUCGCCUGACCGACAGGAGACCAGGGCCAGAAGCUCAGGGACCUUCCCAGACAAGGAGGCGGUUGGGGACAAGGCCGACACUGCCAGGCAGAACCAGGAGCAGGCUCUGCGUGCUGCCACCAUGAGCGUAUGCCGUGGGCAGUUCCGGGGUGGGCCGGUUUCCGUGUGGCGAGUCCUGUUCUCCUCGUACCUAAGUGAGACCCGCCGGGAGGAGCUCCUCGCCCAGCACCUGGCUGGCACCCUGGGUCUGCAGGACCUCAUCGCCAUCCUCACCCAGGUCAUCGAGGAGACAGAAGAACGGCUCAGCAAGGUGUCUUUCCCUGGCCUGAGGCACGAGGUAUCUGCAUCCGAGCUGCACACGUCUGGCAUCAUAGACCAGGAGACCCUGCGGGAACUGGCACAAGGGACCAAGACCCUGCAGGAGGUGACGCAGAUGGACUCUGUCAAGCGCUACCUGGAGGGCACCAGCUGCAUUGCGGGAGUCCUGGUGCCCGUCCAGGGAGAGCCUGGCCGGCAGGAGAAGAUGAGCAUCUAUCAGGCCAUGUGGAAGGGCGUGCUGAGGCCCGGCACAGCCCUGGUACUGCUGGAGGCCCAGGCGGCCACGGGCUUCGUCAUCGACCCGGUGGGCAACCGCAGACUGUCUGUGGAGGAGGCCGUGGCAGCAGGCGUGGUGGGUGGCGAGAUCCAAGAGAAGCUGCUGUCUGCUGAGCGUGCUGUCACCGGCUACACGGACCCCUACACGGGGGAACGGAUCUCCCUCUUCCAGGCCAUGCAGAAGGACCUCAUUGUCAAGGACCAUGGCAUCCGCCUGCUGGAGGCCCAGAUUGCCACGGGCGGGGUCAUCGAUCCCACUCACAGCCACCGUGUGCCCGUGGACGUGGCCUACCAACGUGGCUACUUUGAUGAGGAGAUGAACGGCAUCUUGGCAGACCCUGGGGAUGACACCAAGGGCUUCUUUGACCCCAACACACACGAGAACCUCACUUACCUCCAGCUGCUCCGUCGCUGUGUGCGGGACCCAGAGACUGGGUUCUACAUGCUGCAGCUGGCGGGAAAGGGCUCCAGUGUGCACCACCUGAGCGAGGAACUGAGACGUGCCCUCCGUGAGGCCAGAGUGACGCCAGGCACGGGCGACUACCAGGGCCAGAGCAUCUCUGUCUGGGAGCUCCUCUUCUACCGCGAGGUGCCCGAGAGCCUGCGCCAGGAUCUGCUGCGCAGGUACCAAGCUGGCGGGCUGACCGUUCAGGAAGUGAGCACCACCCUCCUCUCACUGCUGGCCCGAGCCAAGGAAGGGAGCCCGCGUGUUGAUCCCCAAGGAACCCUGGGUAAGGCCACCAUGGAAGUAAAAGUGGGUCGUCUCCGGGGCCCAGAGGUGCCGGUUUGGGAAGUUCUGUCCUCCAGCUAUGUGAGCAGGGACACCCGGAAGGAGCUGCUGGCCCAGUUCAGCUCUGGGACGCUGACUCUGCCCAUGCUGACCCGAAGGCUGACCACCAUCAUUGAGGAAGCAGAGGAGACUCAGGAGUCCAAUCCAAAGCUGACUGUGACCUCGCCUGACCGACAGGAGACCAGGGCCAGAAGCUCAGGGACCUUCCCAGACAAGGAGGCGGUUGGGGACAAGGCCGACACUGCCAGGCAGAACCAGGAGCAGGCUCUGCGUGCUGCCACCAUGAGCGUAUGCCGUGGGCAGUUCCGGGGUGGGCCGGUUUCCGUGUGGCGAGUCCUGUUCUCCUCGUACCUAAGUGAGACCCGCCGGGAGGAGCUCCUCGCCCAGCACCUGGCUGGCACCCUGGGUCUGCAGGACCUCAUCGCCAUCCUCACCCAGGUCAUCGAGGAGACAGAAGAACGGCUCAGCAAGGUGUCUUUCCCUGGCCUGAGGCACGAGGUAUCUGCAUCCGAGCUGCACACGUCUGGCAUCAUAGACCAGGAGACCCUGCGGGAACUGGCACAAGGGACCAAGACCCUGCAGGAGGUGACGCAGAUGGACUCUGUCAAGCGCUACCUGGAGGGCACCAGCUGCAUUGCGGGAGUCCUGGUGCCCGUCCAGGGAGAGCCUGGCCGGCAGGAGAAGAUGAGCAUCUAUCAGGCCAUGUGGAAGGGCGUGCUGAGGCCCGGCACAGCCCUGGUACUGCUGGAGGCCCAGGCGGCCACGGGCUUCGUCAUCGACCCGGUGGGCAACCGCAGACUGUCUGUGGAGGAGGCCGUGGCAGCAGGCGUGGUGGGUGGCGAGAUCCAAGAGAAGCUGCUGUCUGCUGAGCGUGCUGUCACCGGCUACACGGACCCCUACACGGGGGAACGGAUCUCCCUCUUCCAGGCCAUGCAGAAGGACCUCAUUGUAAAGAAUCAUGCAAUUCGACUGCUGGAGGCCCAGAUUGCUACUGGUGGUGUAAUUGACCCUGUUCACAGCCACCGUGUGCCCGUGGACGUGGCCUACCAACGUGGCUACUUUGACGAGGAGAUGAACAGCAUCUUGGCAGACCCUGGGGAUGACACCAAGGGCUUCUUUGACCCCAACACACAUGAGAACCUCACGUACCUCCAGCUUUUGCAGAGAGCCAUUCCUGACCCUGAAACUGGAUUAUUGUUUCUGUCUCUCUUGAAGCGCUAAAUGUUUCUUUUCUUUUUUUUUUUCUCAAAAAUACGGUAGUGUUUUCUUUAUCCUUUCUUUGGAUUGUUAUUGUCUUUUUAUACUUUUAAUUUUACUGCAUCAGGGUUUAAUUUUAGGUUAUUUUCAUCUUUCUAACCUCCCUGUUUCUGUUUUUGUUUUUGUUUGUUUGUUUGUUUUUCCAUGUAUGUCCUCCUUGUUUCUGUUCUUUUUCCUCCACAACGUUGUUUCGCCCCUUCUUUUGACUCUUUCUGUUUUUGUUUUGGUGGGAUCAUGGACUUGGGAUGAGUGGUCUAAUACAGUCUCUCCCUGUAUUCUAGACAGCCCCAUGAUUACCCACCCUGUGAUCCACACCACUCUCGCCCCCACCUGUGAUCUUUCCUUGAUCUCCUACACUGGUGGAUUGUAGGUGUAAGCCACCUUGCUUGUCAAAACUCUUUCACAUUUUAAAUAUGGGCACUUGGCACGUGGCGUGGCCUGGUUUGCCUCUGCAUUUAGCCCACCAUUGCUCAUCUUCUCCAUGAGCCUCUGAAUCAUCUCAGUAGUCGUUCAUUGUAUUUCAGUUUUUAGUGUAUACAUGUCUUUUGAUAAUAAAUGAAUUUCUGACAAUAAAAUGAAUUUGGCGGGGACUCA